AUGCCGUUUGGCUUGUCGAAUGCUCCAGCUGCCUUCCAAAAUUUCAUGAAUGACAUUUUUCAGGACUAUUUGGAUUGCUUCAUGAUAGCCUAUUUAGAUGACAUCCUUAUUUACUCUGACUCCCUUGAACAACGCAAGGCGCAUGUGAAGGUGAUGCUGCAGACUCAGAAAGCCAAGCUGGAGAAGUGCAGGUGUGACCUGACCACUUUGGAUUUCCUGGGAUACUACAUCUCUCCCACAGGAGUUGAGAUGGACCUGGAGAAGGUGGUCACAUCGGACUUUUGGUGGUCAAGGGUUAAGCAUGAUGUAGAGAGGUAUAUCCAAUUGUGCCCAACGUGCAUGAGGGCAAAACACGCACUGGGGCGACCCGUGGAUUUGCUGGAGUCUCUUCCCAUGCGCAAAGGAGCCUGGCAAAUGCCCACGGAAAGAGACACCUCGUGGCCACCUACAGACUUCAACUGCAGUAAAAUCGUAGAUGUCCUGAAUGAUUUGGAAGCUAAUGCCUUCAAGCUGGUGGACCUGGCUUCAUUAAGCUCAACAGAGCUGACCAUGCUGAACCUCCCCCCCCCUUUCCCAACAGUGGACAUCCCAGCCCAUGCUGUUCGUUCUUGCAGUGGGAUCACAGGAGCUCUUGCUCUGCUGUUGGUCAUCUUUGCUUUCUGCAGGUACUCAGUCCUUCGGACUCCAGCCAACAUGUUCAUUAUCAACCUGGCUGUCAGUGAUUUCCUAAUGUCCAUCACUCAGGGCCCAGUUUUCUUCACCAACAGCCUCAAUAAAUGAUGGAUAUUUGGCAAGAAAGGUGUGGAGUUGCGAGCUUUCUGUGGAGCCGUUUUCGGCACUGCUUCCAUGAUCACUGUAACAGUGAUAGCCCCGGACAGGUAUCCUGUGAUUACACGACCCCUGGCCUCCAUUGGAGUAAUAUCUAAGAAGAAGGCUCUGCUAAUCCUUUUAGGAGUAUGGCUGAAUUCUUUAGCUUGGAGCCUUGCCCUCUUCUUUGGAUGGAAUGCUUAUGUUCCGGAGGGCCUCCUGACUUCCUGUUCCAGGAAUUAUUUGACCUUCACCCCCUCAAUCCAUGCCUACACAAUGUUCCUCUUCUGCUUUGUGUUCUUCAUUCUAAUUGCCAUCAUAUAUGUCUUCAUUUUCAGAGCCAUCCGGAAUGCAAGCAGGGCUGUUCAAAGCAUCAGUCCAGAUGGUACUAGGAUGAAGACUGAAUGGAAAAUGGCUCAAGUAGCCUUGACACAAAGAAUACUCGGGCAAAUUCGGUCUAAAGUAUGUUUGCCUUAUUUUAGGUAUUCUCAUGUCCUCACAUCCUUCAUGAACUCAAUCCCUGCAGUGAUUGCCAAAGCUCCAGCCAUCUACAACCCAACCAUUUAUCCCAUUGUCCACCCCAAACACAGAAUGGCAACUGCAAAAUUUCUUCCGUGCCUUGGAUCUCUGCUAAGAGUUUCUCAUUAGGACUCCAGAUCUUAGAGCUACCCCUCCAUCAGAUGCCCUACUGUCACCAGCCAGUCCUCGGAUAUAAAUGGGCUGCUGACAGGAAACAGAUGGCUAUCCUAUGCCUCAGACAGUGAAUCUGAUUGGACUGACACAGAAGCAGAUAUCUCUAGUCCGAACUCCUCCAGAGGUGCUAGCGGGCAUGUUUUGUAUGACAUGGGUGAAGGCACUGCAGAAAUGAGUGACAUCAAAGUCAAACCUGAACUGAAAAGCUGCAAUUUGGGGAUUUUUGAAAAGACUUCAGGGGAUGCUGAUGACAUUUCUGUGGCAGAGAUAGGUGACAACCUGAACACUUUUGGCUUGAGAGAAGACUCUUCUUACAGAUCAUCUGCAGCCCAGAUACCCAGUAUUAUCGUGACCUUCAGCAAUAUCCAGCAAAUGGAGCUGCCUUUGGAAUCCAUCUCUGAUCCUUUGUACUUCAGGAGCAGGGGCAAUAGCUGGGACGAGGACUCUAGCAGCUGGCUAGAAUGGCUGUACCGGAAUAGAGCCUUAGCUGCUACCUCAGAGAAAAAUAUGUGUCAGCUUAGUGUAGAAAACCUUCCAAAGCUUCACUGA